CAUGCUGUCAUUUAUGGGUGGAACCACAGAUCCGUGUCUCAAAUCCUUGUAAGAGGCGCGUUUUAUUGUUCUCGGAUUCAGGAAAAACACUGCAUUAACUUUUAAACAUGUCGUACAUACCGGGACAACCUGUCACUGCUGUCGUGCAACGGAUUGAGAUUCAUAAACUACGUGAUGGGGAUAAUUUAAUAUUGGGCUUUAGCAUUGGAGGGGGAAUUGACCAAGAUCCAAGUCAGAAUCCAUUCUCAGAGGACAAGACAGACAAGGGCAUUUAUGUCACAAGGGUAACAAAAGGAGGACCAGCAGAAGUUGCAGGUCUCAUGAUGGGGGAUAAAAUAAUGCAGGUGAAUGGCUGGGAUAUGACCAUGGUGACCCAUGACCAAGCACGGAAAAGACUAACUAAAAAGAAUGAAGACAUCGUCCGGCUACUGGUAAACAGAAAAUCUCUGGAGGAGGUAGUCAGACAGUCCAUGAUGCAACACUAAGAGAACUCCUUUAUGAAUGUCAUGUGUCAAUCAUUCUUACACAGUAUGUAACUUUUCAUAUAUACAUUGCAAUCAAUCCAAGGAUAAUGUCAUUCCCAUUUAGCAUCUCAUUGGGUGGUUUUUACUGUUUGGUUUUUUUUUUUCUUCUUCUUUUUUCAGACAAAUCUUCAAAUCUACACUGACAGCAUGAUUUAGUAAUGUUUGUAAUACACUGGUGUCACUUUUUGUACACCUCACUCUUGCAUUCCAUAGGGUUGACCUUGAAGUGCAUUAUUCCCAGUGUUGCAAUGAAAAUCAUUCUUUUUCUCAUCGAUUACAAGGGCUACAAGUAGGUUUAUACCAAUUAUUGCCUUCAGUUGUAUUUUAUAAUAAAAUAUCCUCUAGACUGAUUCCAGAUAAAUCCAAGUAACAUGUUUACCAACUACACGUAAAAGACCACUAAUAUUUCCUUUCAUUUGUUGUAGGAUGUUGUAUACAUCUAUACCCGUCUAUGUUCAAGACUUGUUUUGUCUCUGCAAUCUAAAUUUUUAUAUGUUCUUUCAAUUAUGCUGAAUUUUGUUGUAGUACACAACACUAAUACCGUUUUUGUAAUUUCUUGUAAUCGUCCGUAUUUGAAAUAAGACCACGAAAGCCUUAUCGUCGCCACACAAUAAAACCUUGUAUUUAGGGACCUUUACUGAUCUGCCUUUCCCAGGAAUUACUACAGUCUUGUAAAUUGUCUUUACUGUAUAAUUGUUUUCCACUUUGAAUAAAUAAGUGAAUCCUA